AUGAAUAACAAUGACAUUAUAUAUUAGUAGUAAUAAGAGUAAAAAGAGAAAAAACCUUCGAUUAUAGAAUAGUUGUGUUCAUGCAUUUAUUUUUUUCAAAAGAAGAACGUCAGAGCUAAUGAAAGAUAUUAAUUAGGUAUUGAUACUCCAAAAUCACAUGUAAGUUAAAUUAAUUUAAAUAUGAGACCAGAAAACUUUGUGUUUUAGAUUUAGAUGAAACAUUAGUACAUAGUUAAUUUAAAGCAGAAAAUGGUUAUGAUUUUUUACUUGAUGUAAUAUUGAAAAUAUGUUAGAUAAUUGUAUAAAGUCAAUUAUUUAAAGUAUAUGUUACAGUUAGACCAGGUGUAGAAACCUUCAUAGAAUCCCUAAGUGAGUAUUUUGACAUUGUAUUAUGGACUGCUAGCUUAAAAGAGUAUGCUGAUCCUGUUAUGGAUAUAAUUGAUCCAUAAAGAAGGAUUUAAACAAGGCUAUAUAGAGAAAGUUGUACUCCAAUUAAAGGAGGACUUACAAAAAAUCUAAACAAAUUAGGAAGAAGUUUGAAAGAAGUUUUAAUUAUAGAUGUAACUAAAUUAGAUUUUUAUAAGAAUUCCUAAACAUCAUUUCUAUUUUAACCAGAGAAUGGUUUUUUAAUAAAAGAUUUUAUUUCGGAUAAAAAUGACAAAGAAUUAGAUUAAUUGUUACCAUUUUUAAUUUGGCUUAGUUAAGUAAAUUUAUUUUUAUUUUAAGUAAUCUGAUGUUCGACCUGUUUCAACAUUAUAUUAGUAAUUUAUGUUGAAAAAUUAACAUUCACGUAAAAAUUCAAAAAAAUAGAUUCUUUCCUAAUCUAUGGUUUUGAAUUAAGAUAACAUCUUAAAAUAACUCGAAAUUCCUAGAACCCAUACAAUAAAUCAUUGUGACUUUGAGGAAAUAGAAUUAAGAGAAGAGGCUGGUAUUAAUUCCCCUCAUGUUGAACUUAAAAUUUAGGAUUAGACAGAUGAUGAAAGCAAAGAAACAUUUGAAAUCAGUAGUAAUUGUUGA